UUGUUUUCAUUUGCGCAUUGGGAAAGAAAGAAGUGGAGAAGGUCGAAGAUGCAGUGGUAAGGUUAGGCCCUUUCAUCGAUAAAAAUCCUCCCCAUCCUUUACUUCACUCGCACCAAACGUCUUCAACAUGAGUUGUGGAGGUACACCGUACAUUGGAAGCAAAAUUAGCUUGAUAUCUAAAGCUAAAAUCCGGUAUGAAGGAUAUCUUUACACCAUCGACACCGAGGAAUCAACGGUGACAUUGGCUAAAGUUAAGUCAUUUGGUACAGAAGAUAGAAGUGCACCAAACAGAGUGCCAGAACGCAAUGAGAUUUAUGAAUAUAUUGUGUUUAGAGGAAGUGACAUUGAUGAUCUUCAUGUAGCCGAAUGUCCCAAAGGGAGCAGAUCCCAAGUGGCAGAAGAUCCAGCCAUAGUCCAAACUGGAAACACCCAGCCAAGUAUGUAUCAGCAGCAAAUGCAAAUGCGGUUAGGCACUCCAAUGGCCCCACAGAGCUAUGGACCUUUUGGUGGAAUACCCCCAUAUGGUUACCCCAUGGGCUUCAGGCCACAAGGAAACAUGCCUCUUUCAUCAGUAAUAGGGCAGAGUGGCAUACCAGACCGGAGUCAAAGGUCAUCAUCAUUUGAUCAGUUUAGAAGAAGCCCUUCACCCCCCAGUGCUGGAGUUGUUGGCCAUAGAUAUCACAACAAAGAGAAAGCAGAGAGGAACAGGUCUCCUGAAGGUGACAGAAAUGUUUCACGACACAGUGAAAGUCAGCGGUCAUAUGACUCCCAGCCUGGUUCUGCAAAGCCACAAAGAGAGCAGAGGAGCAACCAGCGUCAAAAGGAUGGUGAUUAUGAAAGGACAAGUGAGAAGAAUAGCUCAAGAAAGCUUAGCAGAGACAAUGACCAGCAGAGGCAUUCUCACCGUGACAGUGAAGAUACAAAGGAACAUGGGAAGGCAAAGGACAAAGAUCCUCCCAAAGAAAAAAGUAAGGAAUCAUCACGUGGACCAAAAAAGCAGUAUGACGGUAAAGAGUCACAAGGAAGCAAGGGUGAAGUGUCAAAAAACAGGUCAGAAGGUAGAGAAAAAGGGGGGCACAGAAAGACGGAGAAUGAAAGUCAGAAAAAGGAUGUCGCAAAUAAAGAUGUUGAAUCAAACAGAGAUUCGAAGAAGGAGGCCAACAAGGAUUCAACCAGAGAGGGUUAUGACGGCGGAAGGGGUCAUCAUAGGCCUAGAGGAAGGGGCCGCCCCAGAGGACACGGUUCAAACAGCAAAGCCAGGUUUGACAAGGACUUCGAUUUCGAGCGAGCCAAUGCCAAAUUCAAUAAGGAAGAAGUAGAGAAGGAAUUAUUGUCUGCUCUGAAGAAGAAAGCCUCGCUUAAGGAUGAUGAUGACGUGAUUGUCGAGAAAGAUUGCCAAGACGAUUCGCAUGACGAGUUUGCAGAUGGAGAGAUGAACGGCGAGGAUGUGUAUUAUGACAAAUCUAAAUCGUUUUUUGAUCAAAUAUCUUGUGAUGCUGGAGGCCCAAAGAGCGAGGGGUUUUCAAAACGAAAAGAAAGAGCAUUAAAUGUACAAACGUUUGGAUUUGUACCUCACAACUACAGAGGAAGGCCUUACCGUGGCCGUGGGGGUAGAGGCUCAAGAGGCAGAGGGUAUGGUCGAGGAGGACAAAGCGGAAGGACGGGUCGUGGGGGCAACAGAACAUGGGUUGACUACGACUUUGAUUUCGAAGCUGCAGGUAUCAGACAGGGGAAUAGUUCAAGCAAAUCCGGAGGAAGUUGACCUGUUGAUCCAUGAAGCGUAAUUUGAGUUUAAAGAUGAAUUUUAAAGAAUUUAAAGAAGCCUCGGAUGGCAGGUUUUAAUUGUUUUCCAUUGGAUUUAAAAGCUUGUUCUGGCGUCCGAACAGCCAGGGGGGCGACAGUCAACUCCAAUUAAGCGGUUUUCCUACAUUCAUAUACUGUAAAUAGGAAAUCUUAUACACAGCAUACCAGUAAGUCGACUGACCAAAUCUCAUUUCUAGACAUAUUUGUUCAGAGAUAUAGCUGGGAUGCAGUUUUUUCUUCAUCGACUGUCAAGUUCUUUACUCAAUCAUGAUUAAAUCGCUAGCCACAUUUUGAUGUUGUUGUUUUGGGAUACGAAUGAGUCAAUUAUGAAUCACAGCAUAAGAAUCAGGAUAUAAUUCCAGCCUUUCCCCGUAAUGCUGCUUCAAUAAUUAUAAGAGUCAGUAAUUUCCUAGUAAAGGCUUACGGUUGUUUGCUUACCUAUUUCGGUGGUUUAAAGUCUUAGAUAACCUACCUGCUUGACAGCUUGGACCCCUAAUUUUCCCUUACGGGGUUUUUGUCCAAAAAUUAAUGUUUCAAACUGACAAUAUUUCUUGUUAACUUAGUAAAAAAUUUGCUUAUGUUAAUUUGUGUUUCUUAAAUUUCAUGGCCAAAGGCCUUUUAUAGACAAACGUUGAAACAUAAAUAGCAAAUUUAUGUUUGGAUAUUAAACGCUUCUUGCAUGAUUUGAAUAUACGUGCUGCGAAGAGAAUGCUUGCAAGGCAUGCACGUGGCAUCGCCUUUUGUUUUGCAUUUUCUAUACCGCACUGUUGAAUUUUCACACAUGCCUUUAUUAAAAAUGAAUGUAAAACAACAAAGCAAUGCUUCGACGCUCUCGUGUUUUAAUGCCAAGUUGCCAAUGUUGAGUUUAUCGAUUGAGCCAAGUCUUCCCUUUUCUGCCCUUAGUAAAAAGCACUAGGACUUUAAAGGAAUUCGUUAAUUGCUUCAAACAUUACCGUUGUUUUAGAUGAAACUAUGAAUUGACCUGUUUUUGAAGAACCCUGUUGUUUCCUCGACGGCUUUAAGGCGCAAAUCUGCGUUGUUUGAUUACGACAUGAGGUUAGUUUUCGUCAAUAUUGAUUUCUUAUGUAUGAUAAUGGUAUGCUUAUACAUAGCAUCUAAAUGCCCUUUAUUGAUGAAAACUUGAGUUUAUCGUCAGAA